AUUGGAACAUUUCAAGGUACUCUUUUUAAUUCAGUGUGGUUGAUCAGAAAGAGAAAGUAAAAAUCAGAAGUGUAAAAUACUGUGAAAAUGGUGGACAAACUAGUGAAUAGUGAAGCCAAUGCCCGUCGAAUACAGAUGGUCGAAAACUGUUUCGGCAGUUCCGGUCAGCCUUUGUAUGUUCCAGGCCGGGUCCUAGUUGGAGAAGGUGUACUCACAAAGAUGUGUCGCAAACGUCCAAAAGCGCGUCAGUUCUUUUUGUUCAAUGACAUUCUUGUCUAUGGUAACAUUGUAAUUGGCAAGAAGAAAUACAACAAACAACAUCUGAUACCAUUAGAGGAGGUGCAAUUACAAGCUCUUGAAGACAAUGGACAAUAUAGAAAUGGUUGGUUGAUUCGAACAGCUACAAAAUCAUUCGCCGUUUACGCUGCUACACAAACUGAAAAACAAGAAUGGAUGGCCCACAUAAAUAAAUGCAUUGAAGACUUGUUACGGAAAAGUGGCAAAAAGCCAGUAGAGAAUCAUGCAGCUGUUUGGGUGCCGGAUAGUGAAGCUAACAUAUGCAUGCAUUGCAAGAAAACGCAAUUCACUAUGUUAAUUCGAAGGCAUCACUGCCGAAACUGUGGUGCUGUGGUAUGCGGACCAUGUUCAUCGAAAAAAUUCCUUCUACCAGGACAAAGUACCAAACCCCUGCGUGUAUGUUUAGACUGCUAUGAUAAUCUAAGCUCAAUGAAGAGAGAAGAGAAUAAAGGAAUGAACGCCAAUAACAACAAACCAGUGACAUCUCCAGAAAGUUCCGGAGACGAUGAUUCAGACGAUGAAGAAGAAUCAAAAGAUACACAUGAUCAGCCAAAAUUCUACGGAGACGAAAAGCCAGAGAAAUAGCCGUACUGACACGGAAAAAGCAAUCCUCCCACAUCAAAGCCAGAUUCGUCUAGAAGUCUCACCAAUUCUAUAGGAAAAUACAAGCAGGAACAACAAGUGAAUAGUAUUUUAUUCAUCUCAAAAUCCCGCAAACACAACCUAGAUCUAUGUGAAUUGAAUUUUAAAUACAAACAAAUAACUAUAUUCUCAUUCUACCUUUUUUUUUGCACUAUAAGUUAUACAUGUUGUAUUGAAGAAACUAAUAAUUGGUAAUAUUUGCAGAAUCCCCAUUUAUUAGUUUCAUUAAAAUAACUUCUGCAAAACAAGAAACACAUCAAAUGCAACUUCUCAGUAACUUACCAUUUCCAUUAUUGAACUAUAACAAAAACUAAAAAAUGAUAUUGAACAAGAACCCUUGGGGUACAACAUAAUUGAUGUGUUCUGUUUUCCGAGAAAAAAAAAACAUGUUACAAUGUUUCGCCCACUUUCGGACACUUGUUAUCAGAAAUGUAGUGCGAAUUGUCUCGAUUGUGUCACCAUAUAAAUAUCGGUAAUCACUAAUCAUGGAGACAGUGAUGUUGUACGAUAACUUGUGUAUACACUCAUGACACUUAACCACUUGAUAUAUCUAUCGCUAAGAUAAGCACUCAUUCUUUUACAGUGAGGUAGAUUGAGUUUUUACGAAAAUGUUUAAAUUUUGGCGGUAGGAAUAAAGAGAUAGACAUAAAAAGUGGUUACAUUUUAUUCAUCGACGAGUAUAUAGAAGCUAUCGUGUAUAUUUUCCUUCCGUUUCAUCGGUACGAAAGUAGUGAAACAAGUGAAAACAAUAAUUAGUAUUUGCUGAUAAGUAAAACACACCAGCGUGUAAAAACAGGUCCACUGAAACAUCUUGUGUAAAAUCAGAAUUUAGUAAUGCAUGCUUCGACUUACGAAUCGGCUAAAUUUUCACCCAGAAUACUGUUAAUUUUAUAUUUCUAUUACCUUACGGUAUGGUCAUCAAAUAAAAAUGUAUAUGGAAUGUAUUUAAGUUUAUGAAUAAAGUAUAAAAAUUGCUCACAUUUUCAA